AUGCCUAAUCCUUCUCACAACCAAAAUCCGCAAAGAAUCCUCGGAAAGCAUGGUGGACGACGCGCAGGAGCUGGCCGGCCCCGAAAGAGACAAGAACCCGCCUCCACUACGUUUCAAACAAACGGCACUUCAUCUGACUUGUCUCGAAGAAUAACCAGGCACUCAGAGAAUCAGAGUCAAUCCAGAACCUCCGAACCGUCAACCUUCUUCUCAACACGGGAACCGCAAGGAACAACACGUCCAUUUCAGGCUGGGCCGUCAAAUAUCAAUCACCAUGCUUUUUUAAAUAAUUCUCAUGAAGAUAUUCUUACGAAGGAUGGGUUGGAGCAUUUGGUGAAAGAGGUGAAAGAGGUUAUGGACAACGAUGAGUUUGCGGAUGUUCGGAUCGAAGAAGGACGUAUAAUAGAUGAAAGUAUCACUGAAAGCAAUGAAGACUCGAUCGAAAGUAACGCGACAGCUGCAGAGAGAGAAACGAGAGAAUGUGAGGUGCAGAAAUGCUCGUUAAUCCACCAAUAUUUAUUGGAUUUUCGGAGUAAGAUUGAACGGGAAAUAGAGAAAUCCGGUAGACCGCAGUGCUAUGCGGAUGGGCAGUUCCUUGUCCAUCCACCCCAUCCUGUUUUUGCUCUCCAUAAAGCAGCUCGUACAUCAUUCUGCCCCGAUCCUCUCUGUCUUCGCCCCGUCUUUGUGUGGCUCCCGGAACACCUACCCCAUCAUCCCGAUAACUACAAGUGUGCAUGUGGUGGCCGGCUAACACUGAAUGGUAAGCAGUUGAAUGGGCUCUGA